UUGGUCCAAAAAGAGGGGAGGAGAAUCUAGGCCUCGGUGAAGGAGAAUGAAAAGACAGUGCAGUUUCCAGCUUCUCUCACCCACCGCAAUGGCUCUGCCUCUGAGGUCCUUGAGUCGGGGCUUGGCAAGUGCAGCAAAGGGAGACCACGGAGGGGCAGGAGCCAGCACCUGGCGCCUCCUGACCUUCGUGCUGGCACUGCCGAGCGUGGCCCUCUGCACCCUCAACUCCUGGCUCCAUGCGGGCCACCACGAACGCCCUAAGUUUAUCCCCUACCACCACCUCCGUAUCCGCACCAAGCCCUACUCCUGGGGAGACGGCAACCGCACCCUUUUCCACAAUCCCCGUGUCAACCCUCUGCCCACUGGCUAUGAACAGCCCUGAGGCCCAGGCAGAUGCCACCAGGUGCAAUAAAGGUGUGGAAACUGUG